AUGAAUUUUUUAACAUACAUAUUUGUCUACUUGUUUCAGGUGAUAUAUUCAAUUUUCCGUCCUAUGAUAAAGUAUAUUUCUCGAUUAGUAACAGGGAGGUGUGAACUAAGUCGCAUAAUUGCUGAUUGUCCGAAAGGAGCACCCAGAACUGUCAGAAUAGAAAACUCGCUGAGGAAUUCAAAAAAUAAAUCUAUUCAAAAUGGAUUGCUUUUGGAAAAAUGUACAGAUGCUAAGUCACAUGUGCAGUUUGUCAUUAGUGCUAAGCGUAUCGAUCUAAAAGAUCAACCAAAUUUUCCUACCGAUUAUUUGUACUGCAUCAGUCAAAUCAACUCUUAUCGGGAACUAAUAAAUACAUUGGAUGCCUUGAAGUGUACUGCGUUUAAUUCAGAUGAUCACUAUCACUCCGAAUUACUUUCAAGGUUAUGGAUUUGUCUUGAUUCUCAAAACGAAUUGUCAUCCCAUAAUGGAGAAAAGUGGACUCUUCUUGGAUUUCAGACGGAGAACCCCGAGACGGAUUUUCGCGGAAUGGGUAUACUGUCUCUUGAAAAUCUUGUGUACUUCGCAGAAUCACACACAAAAUUAGCGCAAAGUAUGUUAUCGGCAUCACAUCAUCCUAACAAAUGGUAUCCAUUUGCUGUAACUGGUAUCCACUUGACGAAGUUGUCGUACAACUUAGUGCUGAAGGGUUAUCUAAAAUAUCAAUUCUAUAAUAUGUCUUCAUCAGCCAGCAUACAAGACUUCAACGAGUUUUACUGCUAUACAUUUUAUUCUUUCCACAAAUUCUGGACGAAACGCCCUCGUGAUAUAAUGCAAUUCAACAAACAUUGUGACGAUUUCGCGAAUAAAUUGAAAUGUCUUUUAUUGGAUGUAAACUGUAGAUUAUGUUUACCGGUAGAUAAAAUUUAA